AUGUUUGGACGUCGUGUUUUCGCGAGCGCGCCGAUCCCACGCCACCUCUACGCACGGCUGCACAUCCAAACGAGCUCGCAGGCCGCGCGUCGGAUGCCCUCCCUCGCGCCGCUUUCCUCGCUGGAAGGGAAAAACGCCUCGUUGUUCUGCUCGCUUCUCGCGUUUAACGCGCUUUGUCGAAGCAGCGCGGGGGUGGGGGAGGGAGGGGGGCAAGGAGGGGAGCUCAUCGAUGCGGAGGUCGCGGCCGCGGGGACGGCGUGGGCGCUUCGCCCCAUUCGAGGCUCCUUUCAUCCUUUCACCCUCGCCUUUACCUGCUCACCGUGCUGGAGUUCCUUUACGAUUUGGACGAAAAUGAUCGAUUGCCCAUCGCGCAUGGACGGAGUCGAGUGGGGGAAAUAA